CUUUAACUUGCUAGGCAACGUAACACGAUUUUCAGAGUAAAAUAAAGAUUUUUAUUUUAAAAGUAAGUGUAUUGACUUUUUAUUCCAUCCCCACAUUCCCCACUCCUAACCGACCCAACAAGUUCUAGUCGCCAUAUUCUGACCUCAUUCCUUUUUCGUGCAUGGCAACGAGCACACCUUCGCAAAGAUGCCGAAGCCUAAGCGUAGUGUUCGUGAAAAAAUUGAACGAUACAAGAGGAAACUUCAAGAUUUAGAAGUUAGAAGUGACGUUAGAAAGAAACGUCGUAGACAUCAAUCCGUGUUAUCUUCAAACGAGUCGGAUGUCAGUGAACAAGGUGAACAUCACCUACAAAACCUAGACCAAGGUCUAGAGGUUGAAAAUAUGGAUUACGAUCCUGGCGUUUAUGAAGAAGGGACUCCUCCAGAGGAAGAGCCCGCCCCGGCCGUGCCCGCCGAAACGGCCGCGCCAGCGGACCCGGCCGCGCCGGUGCCUGACCAAGUCGACGCGCCCGCGCAGCCCGCGCCGCCGGCCACUGAGGGCUCCGAUCAGCCGCCCCUUGACCCUACGCUGCUUGCAGCGCUCGGUGAAUCUACCUCCGAAACGCCUGACUACGGAACAAGCGUUCAUGAUAGUCUCGCCAAUUUAUGGCUACCUAUUUUAAAGAAAGGUUUGGCGAAAGACAAUAAGGAUACACUCCUUAAGGAACAUCUAGUUCCUAUUAACUGUAAAUUAUUACAAGCGCCCAAGCUUAACGCCGAGAUAGCGGCCGCUGUAACAGAGGUAGUACGUGGACGGGACAAAAAAUAUGUCGCCGUACAACAACAACUCGGUCAAGGCAUAGCAGCUGUCAGUCGAGCCAUGGAUGUCCUUUUGAAGACUGAGAACAAAGUUGAAGCCCUCAAAUAUUUGAGUGAUGGAUGUCGCAUACUCUCCGAUGCACAUAAUUUCUUUACAAAGGACCGAAUAAAAUUGAUCACGCCGAGCUUGGAGAAAAAUUUCCUUCACGUGAUUCAAGACACCGAGCGGGACGAAUCCCUUUUCGGCAUUACCUUAUCGGAUAAAAUUAAGGCUAGGGGGGCGAGGAGGGUAUCGCAGGACGAACCCGCCGCCGGCGACGCGUCGCCCGUACGUCAACACGGCUGCCGCGACCCGUCAACCAGCGCCGGCCAAGUCGAGAGCACCUGCAGCACACCAGUAGCUCAGACGACCCCACCGCUUGCACACCAGCCUUACCCUGGCUGCCGCGACGCUAUCAGCAAGGCCUUCUCACGCCGCGGCGUUCCUACGGAAGCGAUCCCAUUGACUUUAGCUUCUCUUUCGGAGAACACAAUAAAACAAUAUAAUGUGUCACUAAAACUCUGGUGGGAGUUUUGUAACGUACAUAGUAUAGAAGUACUAGAACCGUCAAUUACGUCAAUACUCACGUUCUUGACAGGUGAAUUCAACAAAGGCUGUUCUUACGGAACAUUAAACAGUCAUCGCUCUGCGUUGGCUCUCUUGCUGCCUAAUGUUAGUUCUGAUGAACGUGUUAAGAGAUUACUCAAGGGUGUAUUUAGACUAAAACCUAGUUUGCCAAAAUAUAAUAAUACGUGGGAUCCACAAGUUGUUCUUGAUUUAGUAUCGACGUGGUAUCCUAAUACUGAACUUACCCUUGAGAAAUUGACUAAAAAACUUGCAAUUUUACUCGCAAUUUGUACAGCUCACCGAGUACAAACGUUCUCAUUAAUUAAAAUUGAAAAUAUACAUAUCACAGAGAACUUAAUCAAAAUUUCAAUACCUGAUUUGAUAAAAACCUCUGCACCUGGUCGAGAACAGCCUCUAUUGAAUAUACCUUACUUUAGAGAAAAUCUAAGCAUUUGUCCUGCCCUAACUCUCAAAGACUAUAUUUUGGUAACACAAAAUAAGAGAGCCGGGAACCAGGGCACACUAUUACUGACGUAUAAAGCUCCCCACAGAGCAGCCACAAGCCAAACUGUGGGAAGAUGGAUACGGCAGGUGCUAGCAGCGGCGGGAGUGGACGUGUCCAGGUUCGGCGCGCACAGCACGCGGCACGCGUCCACGUCGGCCGCGAGCGCCGCCGGGGUGUCCAUAGAGGUCAUCCGCAAAGCUGCUGGAUGGACAGCUAAAUCUCAGACUUUUUCAAAAUUUUAUAAUAGGCCGUUACAAGACGGCAACAAUGAUGCGUUUGCUAAAGCUGUGUGCUUCGGUAAUAAUAUAUCUGAUUAA